GAGCGUAGUACGUUGGACGAGUUGUUGUGGGUCGCUGUCCUUCCCUCUCUCUCCUAAAACUAAGAUACAGCAAAGAACCAAGGAGUGGAGAGGACCCCAAAGGCCGAAGGACACAGCCCAAGCCACUGCUUACGUGAAAGCAAAGUCAAGCGUAUGCUCCUCCUCCGCCGUCUCUGUACAUUCCUUUAUAUAUCCCGUCUGUUUGUCCUUCACCCGCAGACCCAUUCCACUCAACCCCACACCCACACUCUCCCCUCCCCCCCUCUCUCUCUUUCCCAGCAGAGGUCAGUGUAGAUUCUGUUUUAUCAUUCAGGCUGCUGUGGAAAGAGUGAAUGUGGUAAGGAAGCGGCAGCGAUGGCUCCUCACAGCCUUCAUCUGCUUUCCUUCUUCUUUGGGUUGUCUACUUUGCACUGGUGUCUUGCUGAUGGAUUGGAUGCGAACCAAGCGGCACGGCUGCUUGUAGAUGCUUCUCAACCAUCCAGCCGACUGAUACCCAAAACACUAUUUGGGAUUUUCUUUGAGGAAAUCAACCAUGCCGGGGCUGGUGGGCUGUGGGCAGAGCUUGUAAGCAACAGAGGGUUUGAAGCUGGGGGCCCUAACACACCCUCAAACAUUGAUCCUUGGUCUAUAAUUGGGAAUGAAUCACUCCUAGUUGUAUCUACAGACCGCUCAUCAUGCUUUGAGCGUAACAAAGUCGCCCUUCGAAUGGAGGUACUCUGUGAUAGCGAAGGUGCUAAUAUUUGUCCUGCAGGAGGAGUUGGAAUUUAUAAUCCUGGCUUUUGGGGCAUGAAUAUUGAACAAGGAAAGACAUAUAAAGUGGUUUUCUACGUCCGUGCAUCUCAAUCUAUUGACUUAUCUGUGUCAUUGACUAGUUCAAAUGGACUGCAAAACUUGGCAAGUGCUAACAUUGUAGCUUCGGCGUCGGAUGUUUUAGAUUGGAAUAAGAUGGAGGUUCUGUUGACAGCAAAAGGAACUGAUCCUAAUUCAAGACUUCAGCUGACAACAACCAGAAAAGGAGAUGUAUGGCUUGAUCAAGUGUCAGCAAUGCCCUCGGACACUUAUAAGGGACAUGGUUUCCGAAAUGAGCUUGCUGAAAUGCUCGCAGGUUUGAAACCUCAAUUUGUAAGAUUUCCAGGUGGGUGUUUUGUUGAAGGCGAAUGGCUGAGAAAUGCAUUCCGCUGGAAAGAAACCAUUGGACCGUGGGAGGAAAGGCCCGGUCACUUUGGUGAUGUUUGGAUGUACUGGACUGAUGAUGGCAUUGGCUAUUUUGAAUUUCUUCAGCUGACAGAGGACCUUGGUGCAUUGCCGGUGUGGGUGAUCAACAAUGGAGUCAGCCACCAAGAUCAAGUUGAUACUACCGGCAUCUUACCUUUUGUGCAAGAAGCUCUUGAUAGCAUUGAGUUUGCUAGAGGUUAUCCUAAUUCUACAUGGGGCUCAAUUCGAGCUGCAAUGGGACACCCAGAACCGUUUGACUUGAGAUAUGUUGCUAUUGGGAAUGAAGAUUGUGGGAAAAAGAACUACAGAGGAAAUUAUCUCAAGUUCUAUUCUGCUAUAGCCCGUGCUUAUCCUGACAUUAAAAUGAUCUCAAACUGUGAUGCUACUGUUCAAAAGUUGGAUCACCCAGCCCAUCUAUAUGAUUUUCAUGUCUAUACGUCUGCCAACAACUUGUUUUCUAUGACUCAUAAAUUUGAUCGUAUGACACGUACUGGUCCAAAGGGUUUUGUUAGUGAAUAUGCUGUGACUGGAAAAGAUGCUGGCACAGGAAGUCUGUUAGCGGCUCUGGCUGAGGCUGCCUUCCUCAUUGGGCUAGAAAAUAACAGUGAUAUUAUUGAAAUGGCAAGUUAUGCACCUCUUUUCGUCAAUACAAAUGACAGGCGGUGGAACCCAGAUGCCAUCGUCUUCAAUUCAUCACAUCAGUAUGGAACUCCUAGCUACUGGAUGCAGCGCUUUUUUGCAGAGUCAAGUGGAGCAACUCUUCUCCAAACCACACUUGAAACAAAUUUGUCAGCUUCUCUUGUUGCUUCAGCAAUUGCUUGGCAAGACUUGAAUAAUGGCAGUAAUUACAUUAGGAUAAAGAUUGUGAACUUUGGGACCAACGCUGUGAAUCUCAGCAUCUCAGUAGGUGGAUUGGCACUGAACUCCAUACAGUCAAAUGGGUCAACAAAAACUGUACUCACAUCUACUAGUUUGAUGGAUGAGAAUUCCUUUAAAGAGCCAAACAAGGUGGUGCCAGAGCAAAAGUCACUUGACAAUGCAGCAAAGUACAUGAAUGCUGAACUGCAUCCCCAUUCUUUAACUUCAUUUGAUUUGUUACUAGAGUCGAAUAAUAUCCGGACCGCGGAAACAGAUUCGAGCUACAAAUCGAGCAUAUAGUAAAACAAAUAAAAUUUGUAUAAUAAAAACCACAGUGAUGUGAAAGGUAGGUCUGUUAGCCUACCCUGUGCUGUUUAAUUUAUCCAAUAUCAUGCUGCAAAUAAUAAUCACACUGCUUCUGAUCAAUUCCAAUCCUGAAAAAAUGAGCAUUUUAUUCUA